AUGAACCUCUCAAGGAAGGUCUCAAAGUACUUCAAGUAUGGGAACCUCAUGCUGUUUGCACGCGAUCUAGAGAACCAACUCGCAGAUCUCAUGUUCACGAAGGAGAAACUUCACCAGUACGAAGUUGGCUCGCCGCUCCUAGGCAAGAGCUUCCACUUCUCGCCACCAGAUGGCAUGACGCAGCAGACGAUCGACACCCAGAUUGUAGACAUUCAGGAGAUCUUGAAGGCCGUGCGGCCCCACCUGAAUCGCUCGCGGCUGGACAGCCGGCUGGCGUCGCUACGGCGAGGGCUGCUCACCGGCAGCCGACAGUGCAGCGUCGAGGAGCUCUCGGGGCCUGGCCCGUCUCGCACUGUACGUACGCUCUGCUACGCUGGUAGAUUCACGAAGGGAAACGCCCUUUACACAAAACUCCCCUACGACUGCGAGGGCGCCACCAUGCACGACGGCGGCGACGACGCCGCGGCCGCCUACAACCCGAAGCUGUUGACGACGUCGUCGCCACGGCGAUGCUUCGAUCGCGAGCUUCGUCCGCUUCACGGCCUGUGCGAGGCGGGAGCGACGGAGGGCGUGCGCCGCAUGCACUCGCUGCACCAGCGCUUCUCCCGCGACGCCGUCGCCCUCUGGAUGGAGAAGACGGAGCGCGGCUGCCUCGACCCGGAGGUCGGCAUGCUGACCUUCGGAGGAUGCCUGACUGCCAACUUCCUGUGCAACAUGGACAGCAGUCCCAUAGGUGGCAGCACGCGUCGGCCGUCGACGCAGAUGGAUAGCGACGACUCGGCCGACUCCUUCCACUCCUGCUCGGGGUCAGAGGUCGCGUCAGACGUCAACUCCGCGGACGACGACAGCGGCGAAGAAUCCGACAUCGAGGUGAUCUCGCCCGAACCCGACGACGUAGGGGGCGCUCUGCCGACGUCGAUGGGUGGCGCCCUCUGCUGGGAGGCGACGGCGAUGGCGGGCGUCAGAAAAACCUGGGGCGCGGCGAGCGCGGGCGUCGGUAAAAACUGGGACGCGACGAGCGCGGGCGUCGGUAAAACCUGGGGCGCGGCGAGCGCGGGCGUCGCUAAAACCUGGGGCGGCGGCGGCGAGGACACGAGCGGCGACGAGGCGUCGGACGAGCGAUCGUCAGACGAGGGCGCCGCGAGUCGCCGCGAGUCGGCCGCCGCCGCCAGGCGCCGCCACCCGUCGUCGGACGCCAGCACGACGGUCGAUAGCGUUCGCGCGCCCAGCGACUCCGACGAGGAAGUGAUGGGAGGGGAACCGGUAGGGAUGUCGGGCAGAGACCCACCAGAGGAGAUAUCGGAAAGGGGGACCAGGAGGGGAUACCGGGAAGGAACCAGGAGGGGAUAA